GGAAGUCGCUUUCCGAUAGGUGCGCGGAGAAUUGGGGACUUCGGUAAGGGUGCCUGAGAGAGUCAAACUCCGCAACAGCAUGAGUUCUCAAAGGGGAAACGUGCAGCGGUCUAGGCCGCAGAAACACAAAAACGCGACUGUAUUUAAGAAUGAUAAAUAUGACAGCAGCUCCCGGACUAAGAAGAUAAAUUCCAAGUUACAUGAUGGGGUUUGCCAGCGCUGCAAGGAUGUACUGGCGUGGAAAGUGAAGUUCAGCAAGUACAAGCCACUGUCUCAGCCUAAGAAAUGUGUUAAAUGUCUUCAAAAAACAGUGAAGGAUGCCUAUCGCAUCAUAUGCAAACCAUGUGCUAUUGAGCAUGAACUUUGUGCCAAAUGCGGGAAAAAAGAGGACAUUGUUGAUCCAAUCGUCGGCGAACCACAAAAAGACACUUCAACGGCUAGCAAAAAAGCAGACCAAGAAAUCAAGGGGGAUGAUGACUUGGACUUUGAUAUAGACUUGGAGGCUUCAGAUGAUGAGUUCCCUGAGGAAGAGAACAAAGAAGACAGUGAAUCUGCGUGUAAAAAUACAACUGCUGUUAAAAGUUAAUGGAACUCCUCUGUUUCCAACAGUGGUCACAUUCAUCGUUUCAGAGUUCUAGCACCUAAACUAUUCCAAUACAUUUAAUGGAAUGUGAAGUUGUAUUGUAUCACAUUUUUUACAUUCCA